AUGCAGCGCGAGUGCUUGUUGAUCCCCCCUACCAGCUUCAGGGAGGCCAUGGACUGGCUCGAGGCCGUCCGCAGCACCGCCGGUAUUAAGCCGCUCGGUGAGGCCGUUUACGCUCUCAUCCGCGAGAGCACGACCCGUACUCUGAGGUUGGAUUUGAUGCACUCUGUCAAGACCAACGUCCGCAACUUCCUGAGGUUCGAAGGCUUCACCGGCUUCCCUAGCUUCAGGCUCAUGCUCGACAGUGUGACCGGCUACCCGUCACCCGAGCACGCCAUCUGCCUUAACGGCGACAAGCACGACCCUGAGGCCGUUAAGAUGGGCGUCAAGGGCUACUGUGAUGUUACCGAGUUCGACACCCUGCAGUACGAGGACGUGCACCGCAUGGUCUACGAGACCAUCCAGACCGCCCACUACUUGGUUGACGGUAUCAAGAAGGUCGAGAGUUACGAGGAUUCCUACGUCAGCAAGCCCCUCUGGGAUGUAUCUUGCAAGGAGAAGCCUCAGAAGUGCGCCGAGGUCUUCAUUGGUAUCAUCCCCAUGAUCUACCCUACCCUCUUCGAGCUCUACAAGUACACUCAGAGGUUCGACAACUGGGACCUGCACAUCAAGACCAAGAAGGACGACACCCUCGGUUGGCUGUUCGAGGGCAGCGGCUACACCUUCUACAAGGACCUUAAGGGCAAGGUUAACGCUGAGGACAUUGAAAUCACCAUUCCCUACGUUGACAUGGACUACUUCAAGAAGUUGUACCACUUGGCUGGUUUCUGGAAGUUCUACCCUCAGUCCCACGUCUACCCUCAGGCUUACCCGAUUGGUGACGGAAAGGAACACACCGUUGGCGAGAACCACGACCCAUACGAGAAGAAGUACAGGGCCCGCAGGAUGAGGAGGUAA